GAUAAUAAACACCUAUAUUUUUUUUAGAAAAAUUUAUACGAAAACGUUAACGUCAGCAAAUCUACAAAGAAUACGACUUAACAUAUUUAACGUUAAUUACACAAUAAGCAAUAAAUUAAUAUUGGUGUUUUUACCGACAAGAAUUUAAAACAAUAAAUAAAAAUGGCUGCUGUUUCGCUGUAAAUUUGACAGCUACAAAAGGAGUGUUUAAAAACCAACCCGAUUUUAAGGCGUUUUAAUUUAAUUUUAAACGAUCUAAUUAAAACUAACUCAGUUCGGGCCCCUUGAAUCUAUCAAAAUGUCAACAGGACCUUAUAAUUACUCUUACAUCUUUAAAUAUAUUAUAAUCGGUGAUAUGGGUGUUGGGAAAUCGUGUUUACUUCAUCAAUUUACAGAAAAGAAAUUUAUGGCUGAUUGUCCACAUACAAUAGGAGUAGAAUUUGGUACAAGAAUUAUUGAAGUGUCCGGUCAAAAAAUUAAACUUCAAAUUUGGGAUACCGCAGGACAAGAAAGAUUCCGAGCUGUAACCAGAUCGUAUUAUAGAGGUGCUGCUGGGGCUCUCAUGGUGUAUGAUAUCACCAGAAGAUCCACUUAUAACCAUUUAAGCAGUUGGUUAACAGACACGAGAAAUUUAACUAAUCCAAGCACUGUUAUCUUUUUAAUUGGGAAUAAAUGUGAUUUGGAAGGUCAAAGGGAUGUUACUUACGAAGAAGCAAAACAAUUUGCUGAUGAAAAUGGGUUGAUGUUUGUUGAAGCUAGUGCUAAAACAGGUCAUAAUGUAGAGGAGGCAUUUUUGGAAACAGCAAAGAAAAUAUAUCAAAGUAUUCAAGAUGGUCGUUUAGAUUUGAAUGCUGCAGAAUCCGGGGUACAACAUAAACCAUCUCAGUUACGCAGGAAUAAUUUAUCAAGCGACCAACAACCAAAUAAGGAUAAUUGCGCUUGCUAGUCGCUGAAUUAAGAAAAAAAAUUAAUAAAAUCCUAAAAAUAUUUGAUUUAAACCAAUUUUGCACCUAUUUAAGUUAAUUCUUUUGCAAAUUCACUUAAGUUUAAGGGUCUGGUUCGACUCAGUGACUAUUUUUACUAAAUAAAAAUAAAAUCGAUUAUUUUUUACACACUUAGAAAGAAAUCUAUUCAAAUAUAAUGUACACCCUAUUAAAAUUUAAAUGAAAAUUGUAACUAAGUAUUCACUAAGUUAAAAAUAAUUUUUAGAAUAAAAAAGGAUAAAAAAUUUAAGAGAAAUAAAUAGUUUUAAGUUUUAGGAGGGUUGGUUUUUUUAUAUUAAAAUUGCAUUUUUUUUUUUUGUUGAAGCAUUACUUUUUUCCUUAGCAUUUAAUUACAAAAAUAACCUGACCUAUUAAAAUUAA